ACCAGCUGUGUGUACUUUUUGCAUCCUCGCGCUCCCGUUGGCUACAUCCUUUGUCAAUAACAUAGCGCUCGUUUCAGGAAUGGUCGUUUCAUCCGUAACAGCUGUACAGUUUGUCAGUGCUGGUGUUUAGUGAUUUAAUACAUCAGAAACCGGGGAUUGGCGAAUUAAUCGAAACAUGUAUGGUUUUGUGAACCACGCGUUGGAACUUCUGGUGUUGAGAAAUUAUGGUCCAGAUGUGUGGGAGGACAUUAAGAGAGAGGCUCAGGUUGAUGUAGAGGGACAGUUUCUGGUCAGAAUUAUCUAUGAAGAUGCCAAAACAUAUGACCUUGUGGCUGCUGCAAGCAAAGUUCUAAAAAUGGAUGCCGGUGGUAUCUUGCAAAUGUUUGGGAAAAUGUUUUUUGAGUUCUGUCAGGAAUCUGGGUACGACACCAUCCUGCGAGUGUUGGGCUCCAAUGUCCGUGAAUUCUUACAAAAUCUGGAUGCAUUACAUGACCAUCUGGGCACUAUCUAUCCUGGCAUGCGUGCUCCCUCCUUCCGCUGCACGGAUGCAGAGAAGGGGAACAACCUUAUUCUCCACUAUUACUCUGAGAGAGAGGGUCUUCAGGACAUCGUCAUAGGGAUCAUCAAGACGGUUGCACAGCAGAUUCACGGAACUGAGAUUGAGAUGAAGGUCAUUCAGCCGAAGAGCGAAGAAUGUGAUCACAUUAAGUUCCUGAUUGAGGAGAAGGACUCGGAGGAGGAGGCGUUUUAUGAAGACUUGGAUGGUUUUGAGGAGAAUGGGACUCAAGAGACACGAAUCAGUCCAUACACCUUCUGCAAGGCUUUUCCCUUUCACCUGAUGUUCGACAAGGACCUCAUGCUAACACAGUGUGGCAACGCCAUCUUCAGAGUCUUGCCACAGCUGCAGCCUGGCGUCUGUAACCUGUCCUCAGUGUUCUCUCUGGUUCGGCCGCACAUAGACUUCAGUUUCCAUGGCAUCCUGUCUCACAUCAACACUGUCUUUGUGCUGCGGAGUAAGGAGGGCCUGCUAAAUGUAGAGACGGCGGAGAAUGAAGAUGAACUCACAGGAACAGAGAUCAGCUGCCUUAGACUAAAGGGCCAAAUGAUCUCACUUCCUGAGACGGAGAACAUCCUAUUCCUGUGCUCGCCAAGUGUUAUGAAUCUGGAUGACCUGACGAGGAGAGGGCUUUACCUGAGUGACAUCCCUCUUCAUGAUGCCACCCGUGACCUUGUGUUACUUGGGGAGCAGUUUCGUGAGGAGUACAAGUUGACCCAGGAGCUGGAGAUCUUGACAGACCGUCUGCAGCAUACACUCCGAGCACUGGAAGAUGAGAAGAAGAAGACAGACAGGUUGCUGUAUUCUGUUCUGCCUCCGUCUGUAGCCAAUGAACUGCGGCAUAAGCGGCCUGUGCCUGCUAAACGAUACGACAAUGUGACCAUUCUUUUUAGUGGCAUUGUUGGCUUCAAUGCAUUCUGCAGCAAACAUGCAUCUGCAGAGGGAGCCAUCAAAAUCGUCAACCUUCUCAAUGACAUCUACACCAGAUUUGACAUUCUCACUGAUUCUCGGAAGAAUCCUUAUGUGUAUAAGGUGGAGACCGUUGGUGAUAAAUACAUGACGGUGAGUGGUCUUCCAGAGCCCUGCACCCACCAUGCAAAAUCCAUCUGUCAUCUGGCCCUGGAUAUGAUGGAGAUCGCUGGACAGGUCAAAGUGGAUGAGGAUCCUGUGCAGAUCACCAUUGGAAUUCACACAGGAGAGGUGGUCACAGGGGUCAUAGGUCAAAGAAUGCCCCGUUACUGCCUGUUUGGAAACACUGUCAAUCUAACAAGUCGUACAGAGACCACUGGAGAGAAAGGAAAAAUUAAUGUGUCUGAAUACACAUACAGGUGUUUGCAGUCUGUGGAAAAUGCUGAUCCUCAAUUUCAUUUGGAGUACAGAGGACCUGUAACCAUGAAAGGAAAGAAAGAGCCAAUGAAAGUGUGGUUUCUCUCACGCAAGACUUAACAGACUCGCCGCACUGAUGCAGUUUGUGUUGUGUUAUCAGCUACUGUGUUUAUUAUAAAUUCUAUGAAUAGGAAAAUGCUUUGCUUUCUACAUCAAAUUCAGCGUAUUCUUCCCCUCUAA